AUGAGCGUGUCAGCGGAGACAAAGAAGCAGAGAGAUAGAGACGUAGAGGGUGAGAAACAGAGAGUUGUGAUCUACCUGGUGCGACGUGCGCACAGAAUGAGCAGCGGAAAUACAUCAGUUAGAGAGAGUAUAGCGUCGCCGGGGUCGUUGGCAUCGUCUUUGGGGUGGCUUGGGACAGAGGAGAGUCGGGGAGAGAGAGAAAGGGAGACGAAUAGAGAGAGUGUGACACAGUUAGACAGAGAAUAG